AUGUCUCAGUAUACUGCGAUUGAGCCAGAUGAGAUCGUUCCCGACGUGGAAGUUGCUCCUUCCAAAAACAAUACCUCAUCCAAUCUGACCAGUGCUCCCGUUUCGGGUAUGAUGGACUCUGCAACUUAUCAGCCUGCUAAUCAGGAAAGAACGUGGAGUCAGAGACUCCGGGAAUCUUCGCAUCCAAUAGCGUUAUUGUGCUACAUAUUUUUUCGACUUGCACCAAUCUUCAUGUAUAUUUUCGGUACGAUUAUACUUUCGAUAUUUACUAGCAAGAGCAGGUUCAUUCUCCACUUUAUCAUUCUCAUACUUCUUGUUUCGGCCGAUUUCUGGAACUUGAAGAAUAUCUCAGGUAGAUUGUUGGUGGGUUUGAGAUGGUGGAAUGACACGAACGUGAAAGAUGGCUCGCUGCAGUUUGAGAAUGUGUGGGUCUUCGAAUCGGCCGACCCAAACAGAUACAUUAAUCCUAUAGAUUCAAAGGUCUUCUGGACACUUUUGUAUGUGCAGCCUGCUGCGUGGGCAGUCUUGGCAAUCAUGGCGGUUUUGAAGUUCGAAUUGUUAUAUCUUGUUUUGGUCGUCAUCAGCAUUUCCCUUUCCCUCACCAAUGCUGUGGCUUUCACUAAGUGUGACAAGUUCGGAAAGGCUAAUCUGAUAGCCAACGAUAUCUUCUCAAGGGCAACAGGUGGUUUGUUCUCGAGACUCAAUCCUUUUGCCUAG